UCUAUACCUGUGAUAGCAGCUUGCGAUGUGGGUUAUAGCUUCACUCUUUACGCAGGAAAAUGUUCACUUCUUGGUGUUGCAUUACAAGUUUUCACAUCCUGAUAGAUUGUCCAUAACCUUUAACACACUUAUCCACGUUAUCUCAGCACUCUGUGGGUGGACCAAUAAGACAUGUGAGCGUGUCUGUGGAUAUGGGUCUUUUUUUCCUCCACUGUUUGUGAACUUUCUUUCACUUUAAUUGCUCUAAUCUCACAUAAGAAAAGGUCUGUAUGAUGCAACACUUGCCAUACUCUCCUCCCCUGUUAAGUUUGUUCCCUAAAUUCAGGCAGAUUCCUUUUACAUAAUAAGAUGAUUGUUAUCGUACUGCUGUAUUUUGAAUGUGUUGCAGGUUUUGUCUGACUGAAUGUUUUGUGUGUAUGCUGCGUAUAAAUGUUUUUGGGAUUAGAUGUAGUGGCGUAAAGAUGAAAUCCCACCCUUUUCAAACGUUCUUCUCAAAAAGAGAACAAUCUUACCCUCCACCCCUGUUCUUUUUCAGUUUCACUCCUCAAGGUGCAUGCAAAUGACUCCAGGGGUGAGCCAGGUUACUACAGCAUUUCUCCAAGCGGCUGAAUGUACGCCGUGUCUGGACGGGGGCCAGCUGUGUUUGUUGUGUGCGUCUGUUUGGUCGGAGCUGAAAGGCCACGGCACCCCUGCCGUGGCGCUCGGCCUCGACCGGCCUUGAUUUAUUUUAAUCCUUUUACAAUGAGGGGGCCUGUAAACCCGUCCAUUGAGCGCCGAGCUUUGUCCCGCAACAGUAAGAAUCUCUGUCUCGCUCUCCAUGGUGACCGAAAGAGCACAUUCCUGCAGGGAGCCACGCAGCAUUGGGAAAAUAUGUUCACUUCUGCCUUGAUCCCCUCUGCUCCACCACUAACCUUUGCUGUUCUUCAGUACAACUAUGGAAGUGGCUAACACGCUGCGCCGCUCCAGCUGAAAUAGAGACGAUAGAAGCUAGUUAUUAGUCUUCCAUGUGCUUGUGAUGUUUCUCAGUGGAAUCGGAGAACAGAGACUACUCCCUUCACAGUAAAAAAAAUACUCUUUUGUUGACAUCAAUGUGAAGAUAAAGAGUUUUGGAUGAAAACUUACAGUCUUAUUUCCUCCCCCAGACAGCCCAAUAGACCUACUAGUAACUGACCCAGAUGUAGAACCCCCCUCCCCCCUCAGCGCAGGCCUUCAUCAUGUCUGGGGACCAGUGAUUCGGGCAGCUGUGAAGACAGCUGGUUAUGUGAGGGAGAGAGGACGGGGAAACCGGAGAGAAAAUGCGUGAGACAGAGUGAGAUUUGUCCUCCUGUUUCCGAGGAUCUCAGGUCAUUUCCUGGCCCUCUGGUUCUGGGCCGUUAAAACUAUGCUAGGCCCCUUGUGUGUAUCGUCUUGCUCUGUAGCUUCAAUAAGAGACCGUCAUUGUAGGCCGCACCUUUGUUUGGGUGGGAGGCUGCUUUUGAUUACAUACUAACAACUCAGGCUGUGUUGUAAACUGAGUGAGUGUGUAAAGCACAUAGAUCUUCUUUUUUUUUUACCCCUUUGCUCCCUUUAGUGGACUCUCUGCUAAACGUUUGCUCAUCAAAGUCUGACGCUGCCAUGCACAGAGUUGUAUUGCAUCAUUAUUGCGGUUGUUGGUGUCUCAUUACAAAGACAAGUUGUGUCGUUGCAAAGCUUCGACACUCACAGACGUUUAACCAGCAGGUAUAAGAUUCAGAUUUGCAGUCGUGCUUGUGUUUCAGCCUGGAGUCCUGCUCCUGUACAUCAAACCGUGGAGUGCUACUGCUAAAUACACUUCCUCGUUCUUGCCGCAUCCCAUAGAGAGACAUAGAUUAUUCAGUUCCAUGCAAAAUAGCAGCUUUAUGACACUUGGUGAAACACAAAGCUCUCUCUCUGUUAUGUGGUGUAUGACAUCAGGGCAGGUGACUGGUGUUUUUCAGAACGUUGCUAAUAGUCUAAUAACCUAAACGCAUACUCCACUUGUUGCUUUACUGUGUCCACCACGUCUCUGACAACCAAUCUGUCUGCUGCUGUUCUAACAAUGCCUCGCGAUUCAAAUUUGAUGAUUUUACAAUUUUAGAGCACGGCAUUACAUACACGUGGAAGAAGUAUUCCGAUCUUUAACUUGAAGUUGAGGUCUGCAGCAUUGGAGAAACCAGCAAGAGUACGCUAGAUUUUAAGAUUUCUAAACUGAAAAACCCAGCCCAGUGUUGCCAAGUCUUUUCCAAAUACAGUAGCUAGCAGCAUUAGCUCCAAAAGUCGCUAAAACUAGCGAGAAAGUCGGCAACACUGACAGCCCGGCCCUUCAUGGCCUCCCUCCAAAGACACUCUCCCACAAUUAGCAUUAUGAAUGUAAACAUCGAGCUGAAUAAAAUGAUUGAACAGAUGUAUUACAGUUGUUCAACUGCCACUGCCAGAUUUUCUUUCUUUUUUUGUGAGAGCAUUUGAUCUAUUGGUUGCUGUCGGGAUGUUCUGAGAAUUUCCACAAACAUAACAAAAAAUGUUUCUAAAAUGCAUCAUCCACAAUAGCUUUAAGUAAAAAGUACAAAUAUAUUAUCAGAAGUACAGUACUUGAUUAAAUGUACUGAUCACUAUGGAAAAUAUCAGAACCUAUGCAAAGAGACAUUUGAGGAUCAGCCCAAAGAAAUGUUUGUCUUUGUGUCACUUGUAAAAAUGAUGUCAAGCUGAAGUGAUCACAUGAUGCAGUGGAAAAAGUCUGACUCCAGUCUUGUGAUUCUGGACCAACAACAAAUUAGUUUUACUUUAUUUUGACUCAACAUGUCUGCUAAGGAACUAAGCUUGUUAAGGAAUUACGUUUUCAGAGGAACAGGAGGCCCCUCAGAGGGAGAGCUGGUCUAAAGUCGAGGCAAGGCCAUCCUGUACAUAUGUUGGGAAGACAUGCAGGGAUGCUGCUUGUUAGGAUCGUGCGCGUGUGUGUGCGUGUGUGUGCGUGCGGUGUAGAGGGGUGUUUUCCACUCUCUGAACCACCAGCGAUUGCCACUUGGCUGCAUGUCGUCUGUGCUGCCUUCACAUACUGUCGGGAAGAUUAGAAACAAGCACAUGUGUAAGUCAGCAUUAUGAAUAUGACUGGGCUGGUUCAGAGUGCAUAAACGUCAUGUGAGCAGCUAAUGGCCAAAAGGGUUGUGUGUACAUAUACAAUCACCGGUUUAAUCCUGUGUGCGCUUUGAUUCUCCUUCCUGUUAUUCAGAAUUCUAAAAGCACAGACUGCAGGCAUGGCCUCACGUAUUCCUCCUUUAUUAUAUGAACUAAAAGUUGUUAAUUGGGUCCAUCCGCUCUGUCGUAUUCAUUUAGUAUACAAUUUCCUUCAAUAGUACUCGCAGCUUUGUAAGAGUGUUAUAAACAAUUGCUUUUUACCAUUUUUCCGGGAGCACCUGAAGGCAGCAUACAUGGGGUCGUAAACCGAUACGUUGAGGCGCAGCUCCGUGUGGAUCCGAGCUGACUAAGCACAGAGGAGAGCCGACGCUGCUCUCCUUCUCCUUCUGUCUACACUUCAACCUUUUUUCAACUUUCUCACUCAUACAAAGGGACCUGGUCGUGUUUGCGGUAUUCAGCUGAGGUUUUAGCGCUAUUUUGUACAGGUUUACGGUUAAAAGGAAGAGAUAAAACUUAGUUGUACUUUGGACCUAGUUUGAAAGCCUGUCAUAAAGCCCCAAAGUGAGUCCAGCGAUAUGGAGCGACGUGUCUAAGAAGCACGGAAAGCUGAUCACCUUCUUGCGCACCUUCAUGAAGUCCCGGCCCACCAAGCAGAAGCUGAAGCAGAGAGGCAUCCUCCGGGAGAGGGUGUUCGGCUGCGACCUGGGAGAGCACCUCCUCAACUCGGGACAUGAUGUGCCCCAGGUCCUCAAGAGCUGCACCGAGUUCCUGGAGAAGCACGGCGUGGUGGACGGCAUCUACCGCCUCUCUGGGAUUGCUUCAAACAUCCAGAAGUUGCGACACGAGUUUGACUCUGAGCAGAUCCCCGACCUGACCAAAGAUGUUUACAUCCAGGACAUCCACUGUGUGGGCUCGCUGUGUAAGCUCUACUUCAGAGAGCUGCCCAACCCCCUGCUCACCUACCAGCUCUACGAGAAGUUCUCCGAUGCUGUAUCAGCAGCGACAGACGAAGAGCGACUCAUCAAAAUCCAUGAUGUCAUCCAGCAGCUUCCUCCACCGCAUUACCGGACCCUGGAGUUCCUCAUGAGACACCUUUCCCACCUCGCAGCGUUCAGCUACAUCACCAACAUGCACAGCAAGAACCUGGCCAUCGUCUGGGCGCCCAACCUGCUGAGGUCCAAACAGAUAGAAUCUGCCUGCUUCAGCGGCACAGCAGCCUUCAUGGAAGUCCGAAUCCAGUCGGUGGUGGUGGAGUUCAUCCUCAACCACGUGGAUGUUCUCUUCAGCACCAAACUCAGCUCACUAAUACGCGAGGGAGCUGGUCACAACUCAUUGUCGCGGCCCAAAUCCCUGCUGGUUUCAUCGCCCUCCACUAAACUGCUGAGCCUGGAGGAGGCCCAGGCCAGAACCCAGGCUCAGAUCAACUCUCCAGUCACUGAAGACAGCAAGUACAUCGAGGUGGGCGAAGGUCCGGCUGCCCUGCAGGGAAAGUUCCACACUGUCAUCGAGUUUCCCACCGAGAGGAAGAGGCCUCCUAUUAAAUCCAAGAAGUCUCCUGUGGGUAGUUGGCGUUCUUUCUUCAACCUCGGCAAGUCUUCCUCCAUGUCCAAGCGCAAGCUGCACCGCAACCCCAGUGAGCCCAAUGAACUGAAGGCCAUGGCUCUCGCUGGAGGCAGAGGAGACACGGCAACAUUGAGAUCAGCCAAAAGUGAAGAGUCCCUGAGUUCCCUGCACAAUGUUGACGGAGAGUCCAAGGUGUACCGUCCCCGGCGGCCGCGCUCUAGCAGCGACGCCCUGUCGGCCUCAUUUAAUGGCGAGCUGCUGGACAGCCGGCAGCACUGCAACUCCUACGACAACCUGGUCGCCACAGAGGACAGCGACGGAGACGACGGCCCCAUCUGUGUGCCUGCACUCAUCUCACCUCCCCGUUCAGCGGGUGAAGACGUGGACCUCAGCCCGCCGGACAUCGGCAUGGCCUCAUUGGACUUUGACCCCAUGUCUUUCCAGUGCAGCCUCCCCGACACCUCCUAUGCCUUCCCCCUAAACGACUCACCCGCCGGGGCAGAGGGCUCCAUGUUAAAGAGGAGCCCCAACAGCGUCUGCGGCAAGACCAACCGCUCUGACUUCAUCUCUGCCACCUUCCUGGGCGGCUUGAUGUCCCCUUUGUUGUCCGCAGACUUCAGCCUGGCUGCUGGAGAGAAGGUGGCAAACAAGAAACUGACCACUUCCUAUUCUUACACCGAUAAACCCACACAGGCUGUGUCGCCUAUUAAAUGUGGAAAGACGCUGUUUGCCACUUCGGAGCUUUUCUCUACAGAGAUGCCGGACAAGAAUACGGCUGGACAGUUUGCCUCUCCACAAGCGUUAUCACCUCCCUCGGCAGCCAAAGACUCUCCUCCCCUGAUGGGAAGUGUGCUGCUGAGGGCGGCCGAGCCGUCGCUAAGUGAAGCUUUCCAAAUGGAGCUGCACUCUAAGCUGGCGGCCUUUGACAGCGCGGACAGUCGAGAGCUGAAGGGAGAGGACGGCGUGCAGCAGUCGCUGGUUGCCAGCAGCCAAGAGCACCAAGCUCCGGACUCUUCAAAGGACCUCACCCCUCGUUCCCUCAGCGCUACAGCUCCCACUACCGCCCCUCCUCCCCCCCCUCCUAAAAAUGCUGCCCGCAUGUUGGCCCUGGCCUUGGCCGAGUCCGCUCAGCAGGUUUCCAUUCAGGCUCAGUCCCGGUCCUCUGAGCCCUCCACGCCGACGUCCCCUCUGCAGCUUCAGGAGGCCUCUAACUUCCAGGAGUCGACACAUCCACUGUUCCCACUUUUCCGGACUUCUUCCGAGGAGGGAGCAGGGAGAGGGAGUUCCCCGCCACCAAACAGCACGGCCCCGGCCUCAGCGCAUCCCUCCGCCUCCAGUCCUACAAUCAAUCAGCAGCCUCUAGAGCUCACCAGCGCGAUCACCAAGCCAUCGGACAACACCAAGUCCUCUACAACCCCACCAGACACUCCUUUUUACAAGUGUGCCCCACUCCCCAGUUCAACCAGCCUGACUUCUCCAAUCAGGAGAAGUCCAGAAAGGCAGCAGCCUGUCACGGGACAGGUCCCAGUCCGUACCAGCUCACCAAGUACCACUCUGGCCACCUUCCCCAGCGGCAGCUGCAAAGAGACUGGAGUCUUACCACAGCUUGUUCCUGAGGUCAAACUAGAGGGGACUAAACCCCCCCCAGUCCUUCCAAAACCCACAGAACAGCCACCUCAGAAGCCCAAGAGGCAGGCUGUCUCACUGCCCCAGCAUCAAACACAAACUCAGCAGCAGAGCCAAGCUCAGAUCCCGCCUCAUCUUCCACCACAGCCUCACACGCAAUCUCAGACACCGGUCCAACCCCAUACCCAGCCCCCCUCCAAGGCCAGCGCAAGAGUGGCCCCCACCUCUGCUGAGCCUGUUGAGAAGCCUUGGGAGGCCAUAAAGCCGGUACAGCCCUGUACAGAGCCUGCAAAGCACCAAGACGCGUACGUACCCAAGCCUCCGGCCCCUCCUGUCCGCACCAUGGAGAGCAAACUGGCCACAGCGGCUCUCAGCCAAAGUGAAGCCUCCUACCAUAUCCUGGGUGAAGGGCCUGUGCCUGGCCAUCUGGAGGAUGCUCUGCCUCACCAUCCUCCUUCCCCUCACAAAUCUUCCACGCACCAGCCGGCCUACCUGUACCAAGCUAAAGGAGAGCCGGUCUUAAUUGAGCCGCCUGGAGCUGCAUACUACCACCAGAGGCCUGUUCCGCUGGGCCCCCAGUCCGUGCUACACCACUUCCGGCCUGACAGCGUCCCCCCACACCUGUCCUACGUGUCCAAAUCAGAGCCUCAGAUCCCUUACAGUGCCCGACUGGACAACAGAUACAGCACUUUAGGCCCCAGGUCCUACCACCACUCCAUGAAGUCCAGAGGAAACCCCCGCAGUGUGUACGUGUCUCCGGGGCCUGGCCAUCAGGGUUACAGCCAUGACAGAAACCAAGGCUAUCCCACCAUCCGCAGAGUGCACUCACUCCAUGUCCCUUCCACUAUCCGCUCAGUGCCCAUCCAGAGGACCGAAGUUCCUCCAGAUGACGAGAUGUUCUUCUAUCAACGGCCCGUGUAUCAGUGCAAAGCCUACCAGCAGCCCCCGCAGCAGUCUUCACAAACAGACUACCACGUCACCCAGCUGCAGCCUUACUUCGAGAACGGACGGGUCCAGUAUCGCUACAGUCCAUACUCUGGUUCAAGCCCUUUGGAGGCGCCUUACUAUGACAUUGACCCUUACGGCACCAUCCGAGUCCGCCACGUCCACUCCCAUAGCAGCCGAGAUCCGGGAGCCGCUGCUGGUCGACCGGGUGGAAAGGCGACUGGGUACCACUACCUCGCUCGCCAUGUUCUCCCGCCGGGGAAGGAGCACAGCUUUGUGAGCAGGGACAUGCCCCCCGGUUACGGGACCAAGGAAGCUGCUGCUUACCUCGCUUGGGACCCCGAGGAGUCAGAAAGGCUCCGCAUGCACUCCAUCCGCAGGGAGAGCAGGGCCAGACAGAAGAUCAAGGGCCCCGUCCUUUCUCAGUAUGACAAUGUUGGCUUGUUUGCACCCUCUGAUAUAUCAGGCUAUGAAACCCUGCACCUGCGCAGUAAAUCUGACCCAGGCAAAGCUGUGCUCGUCGCGGCCGAGAGCAAAGAUGGGCGCUACCUCCCCAGACACAUGGUGUCCGACCCCGAUGUCCUCAUGUACAUGGAGACCGACAAGCAUGUCCAGGGGGGCGCAGUGGGCGACAAGUCCGACGGGCUCGCCAAGCAAAGCGGUUCCAAGAAGUGCCAAUCCUCUCACUCCCUUCCAGCUACUCUGAGCCACAGUCUGUCCCAUCAGCAGGAGAGUGGCCGGCACAAGACCGGAGACGACAAGCCCGGUGGAGACGGCAGCCGGUCUCAACACUGGCAGCAGGACUUUCCCAACAAGAGGAACUUCCAACCACACUACGAGUGUCCUGAUUCUGACCGCCACCAGAGUAAAGUGAAAACAUCCAGCGGCUACCACAUUACGGACGAGCAGCCGUCGGCCCCCAGGGAACAACUCGGCCGCUCCAAACUAGAGCGAUCGCACAGUGUCCGGGAGCAGCAGCUCUACAGCCAGGGCAACCCCGAACUGGACAGCGACUACUCGUAUCAGAAACACGGCGCUAAACCGGUGCAGUCCCACUACGAUAACUUAGACGAUUACCACCCAGUACCUCAGCCUCAGGCUCCUGUUCAAAAACGUGGAGGACCCUAUCCCGGCCCAGGGUUCACCGUGAGCCACAGUAAUAGAGCGUACUCCACAGCACUGGGCCAGGGAGCCUUUCUCCAGACUGACCUGCUCAUGCAGAGGCCAGAGACAGAGAUACGUACAGAAUGAAGCAUUCGG